CUCGCUGCUUGUUGGUUUUCUAACAGCAGAGAGGACAGCAUGGCGAACAAGGAUCCAGGGGGUUUCCUGCAGCAGCUGCGGCAGAUCGCAGGCCGGAUGUCGUCUGGACCUCGAGGUGCAGGAGUCGGCAUGAAGCUGCUGAUCGGAGCCGCAGCUCUGGCCUACGGGGUGAAGGAGGCCACGUACACGGUGGAAGGAGGACACAGAGCCGUCGUCUUCAACCGGAUCGGGGGGAUGCAGAUGGACACGGUCCUCGCUGAGGGACUUCACUUCAGGAUCCCCUGGUUCCAGUACCCCAUCAUCUACGACAUCCGGGCCCGGCCCAGGAAGAUCUCCUCGCUGACCGGCAGCAAAGACCUGCAGAUGGUGAACCUGACCCUGAGGGUCCUGUCCCGUCCUCUGGCGUCCAACCUGCCGUCCCUGUACCAGCGUCUGGGGAAGGACUACGACGAGAGAGUUCUGCCCUCCAUCGUCAACGAGGUGCUGAAGUCCGUGGUGGCAAAGUUCAACGCCUCGCAGCUGAUCACGCAGCGGGCACAGGUGUCCCUGCUGAUCCGGAGGGAGCUGUUCGACCGGGCCAAAGACUUCAACAUCAUCCUGGACGACGUGGCCAUCACCGACCUCAGCUUCAGCCGCGAGUACACGGCUGCCGUGGAGUCCAAGCAAGUCGCCCAGCAGGAGGCCCAGAGAGCCCAGUUCUACGUGGAAAAGGCCAAACAGGACCAGAGACAGAAGAUCAUCCAGGCCGAAGGGGAGGCUGAGGCCGCCAAGAUGCUCGGGGAGGCCGUCACCAAGAAUCCAGGAUACCUGAAGCUCAGGAAGAUCCGGGCGGCGCAGAACAUCGCCAAGACGGUGGCCCAGUCCCAGAACAGAGUCUACCUGAGCGCCAACAGCCUGGUGCUCAACCUGCAGGACAACGACAGCUUCAACAAUUUGUCUCUGCCGAAGUAAGAAGUCGUCCAGCUGGUUCCUCGUCAUUCCUCCGGUUCUGUUGAGGUCCACGUAGUCCUGCGUCCCCUCCCUGUCUCCUCCUCGGUCCCCUCAGUUCCUCCAGUUCUGGUUCUGACCCGUCUGCACUCCAGCCCCCACCUGUGGACUUGUACCGUUUCCUGUUCUAGAACCGGAAGUUCUGUUUCCUCUGGACCUCCGUCUUCUUCUGCCGCUUCACUUUCAUUCCCCCAAAAAGAGUUCCUGCAGGAACCAGGAACCAGGGACCAGCAGAACUGGUUUUUAUAGGUGGUACUGAGGAGGUUCUGUUACACCACCAACCUGUGACCCGGUCCGGCCCGACGGGUUGACUUCCUGGACUGACUGGAAGGAAACGACCCGGGACUCCGAAGCCCGGAACCCCAGACCCAGAAUCCCGGAACCCUGGUUCUGGUUCCACCACUUCAGUUCCCGGCGGGUCUCGUUGAUGUGAGACUUUACUUUGUCCUGUAAAUGAUGAAACUGAUGAAAGAAUAAAACAUGGUUCUGA